AUGGUUGCUAUCCAUGACCCUGCUGCUCUUGGAACUACAUCUCUAUCACCACAAUUCUCCUCUUCACCUUCGUCAACGUCGCAUUCGAAAACCUCUCUACAUUCCUUUAAUAUUCGUUCUCUCAUAAUACCAAGUGCCGCAGGACUGGGAAUCGCCAUCGCUUUCGCCGCGUUCGGGUUCAUCUUCUACAAGAGAUUCUACUCUAGCUCUGGGACUGGAAGAGCCUAUCUUGUCUCACAGGUGAAAUCCGAUGGCGGUGACAAGUACAGUAAGUUGAAACCACUCAAGCUACUUUGUGCCAAGAAUCAAAUUGCCUUGGAAGAGAAACACGCCAUUCAUACAAACACCAACACGAUUGCUCAUGCUAAGCGUUCCUCCUUGUUUCAAGGCAUCUCCGAAAUGCACCUCGCUCAAGCUAAUAUCCAAAGUUCUCUACCGAGUAGACCACCUGGCUCAUUACGUCUCAAUCGUUCGUACCGUUCUCGCCAACUCGAUGCGAAGAAACCGCCUUCAAUGUCGCGUGCGCCGCUCACUACUCGUCCUGCUCUCGCUUCUCCCGCUUUAAACCCUUCUUUACCCUUACCUGCGUACAUAUUUAAUGAAAUUCCCGCCUUAUGUUCUCCGCCAUCCACAUCGCCGAAGGAAAUUUUCGAAUGGAUCCAAUCCGACUCGGUCUUGAACUCUCAUGACGGAUACUUACGCGCUAGAGAGGAUUCUCGACUAUAUGUCUGCCCCUCGUUUCCAGAGUCCGGCACCCCGACUAGUAUUCUUGCUCAGCAAGCCCGUAUAUCAUCAAUGCUUUCUUCGUCAACCAUGAAUAGAACCUAUGGUGUUCGAGAGCAAUCUUUGCCGCACUCUCUACGCUCGCCCUUAUGUGGAGACCCUAGUCCUACCAAUCCUCGGGGCCAAACAAGUUCCAAAUCCAAAGGAGCGGCCCAUGUUCCUAGCAUUGAGCAUUUGUUCAAGGAAGACUGCUAUUUAGGUCCUCUAGAGCAAGGAACAAGGUGGGGUUCGAUUUCAUAUACUCUCGACAAGCCUAUCUCGAAGCGCAAAGACACAAAGACAUUGCAGAAAAGUUCGAAAGCUGGGAAGGCCGGCAAAGAAAACAAAGGUUCUAUUGCUCUGGCAGGAUAG